GUAUGGACCUUGCACACAAAGAGCCAAUGCUAGCCAAAGGGAAUCUUCCAUAAAAUCCCCAAUAUAUGGGAAUGAUGUAAACUUAAAUUUGAAACUUGGUAAAACAAGUACAGAUGAGUACGUGAGUGAUUUGGAAGUAAACACAUUGCUAGAGAAAUAGAGGUGGAGAUAUGGGUGGAUCUGGGUUUGGUUAGGAAUGAAUCAGACCAUCCUACAGAGUAUGGCUCCUCCCUGGAUGGACCUGCUAUAAAAAGGCCAUUAUUCCAGGCUUCAGCACCCAGCAAGCUCCUUCAGGCUACGUUCUACUUGCUCUUCUGGUGAACGAAGUUCCCAUAUACUUCAAAAAGAUGUCUUCUCUUCUGGAAAACAUCACUGCAAUCAUCGACCUAUUCCAUCAAUAUUCAAAAACCGAUACAGAGACUGAAACACUGAGCGAACAAGAACUGAAGGAACUUCUGGAAGUGGAGUUUCGACCAAUCCUAAAGAACCCAGAUGACCCAGAUACUGCUGAUGUCUUCAUGCAUAUCCUCGAUAUAGACCACAACAAGAAAAUAGACUUUACAGAGUUUUUUCUGAUGGUAUUCAAGUUGGCCAAAGCAUAUUAUAUUUCAACAAGGAGACAGAAUUUCCACACAUCAGGGCAAAAGCAGAAAAAGUUUAGACACCAUCAUGAAGAUGAAGAAGAUGACAUAGAAGAAGAGGAUAAACAAGAAAAAAAGAGAAGAUCCAGUCAUUCAAGAAGCAGUGAUGGAAAGGAGAAAGAUAGAUCAAGGAGCCCAAGAGGAAGAGGAAGAAACAGACAUGGGUCCAAUUCUGGAAGUAGAGGAAGAAGAGGGGAAGCUGUUACUUCUGGACGUAGAAACGGCUAUGGUAAGAAGUCAAGAGGGGAAAAGAAAAGGAGAUCAAGUUCAACUGAACUGAAAGAAAGAAGCCGAAAGUCAAGUGAAAGCCCCAACAGGGGAUAUGAGAGAAAUGAAGAUGAAAAUGCUUAUGAAAAUAAAAGAAGAGUACGAGCAAAAUGGGGAGGACCAGGCUAUGAGGACUCAUACGAAGUAUGCGAAGAAACUACAGAUAUUACCAGAGAUUUUCAAUCAGAAAACCCCCAGUAA